AAAACUACUGUUUUGUAACCUUUUUAAACCACUCUUGACCAAUUCCUUGAAUCGCCCAAGCAACGCAGGGAAAACGUAAAUAUCUAUGCAUAUAAUUAAAGGUUUUUAAUUAUAAUUGUGUAAACUCUUUAAUAAAUUACAAGCGAAAAUGUAUUUUUCUGAUUAAUCGAAACGGUGACAAUUGCCGAUAACUAAAUAAAUAAGCGAAAUAAAAUUUAACUCUAAACUAUAUCUUUUAAUGCGAAUGGUAACUAUUCUGAAUAUUCUGGUAAAUGAACUUGUAUCGUUAGACAUUUAAGCUUAGUCGUUGUUUCUCUUAAUAUCAAUACUACAAUUAAAUGGAGAGGCAUUCAUCGAAUUUAAUGUUAAAUAUUAAAUAUAGGUAUCUACCACGAAGAAUAUAGAGUGAAAUUUAUAAUCAAUUACGUAUACAAAAAUCAAAUAACGUAUCGCAAAUGGAAUAAAAUUCGAAAUUUAUUGAUGGCGAAUUGUUUCCAAGCAACAAUUCAGUUUUUACAAUCCGUAAGAUGAUUGGAUUAAACACUGGUUAACGUCACCGUAUUGAUUUUCUACAAUUGCGUCUAUCAACCAAUCACUAACCAUCUUAUGGUUUACAUAUUCACUUCAUGGAAUAUUCUACUGGAGACAAAACGACUUAAAGCGUUGUUCUACUUUUGUAUUUAUUUCGAUUACUCAGUUUGCAAACUGUGGAUAUUUCCGAAUCUGUAUUCUGUUACUUUAUAAUUGAAGUCAACGAUUAACUUUAGUGCACUUCAGGACUGCAUAACGAAAGAAUCUUUGCACUUGUUUCGUUCAAAAUGCAUUCACCACACAGCAAUUGCAUUGCCACAAAACUUCGACCUUUCAUUUCUGUUUUUGAAGUAUUUAGUUUGAAUAUUUUCGAAACAUGCGAUUGUCAAAAAGAAAAAUCAAGAAGAACGCGAAAAUUUUUCACUCUUUAUACGAAUUUUCUCGAAAUAUUUCUAUGGACGAUUGUAUUAAUGUUCACAGUAACGAUUGCGUCUGAUAGCGUUUGCAUUCAAAUAUUUUCGAUAUUUGGAAAUAACAAAUUUUACAUUAUAAUCGUUCUGUGGAAUGCUUCCUUGUACGCAGCGCUACUAUUCAGUAUUUUGCGAAGAAGAAAGCUUAAUAUUCAUCAUUUGAUGAAAGAUUUUAAGGAAGAAGUAGAAUUUAUCGAGAAACACGAAGGUUACAUUAUUUAUUAUUUUUGUUUUUACGUUUUGUUUCUCUUAUGUUGUGUCACAAUUAGUUCGUACAUUGGUUAUUCUGCAUUAAAGUCGGUACAUCUCAAUUAUAAAAUGUCUCUUCUCUAUGUUUUUGGCGUAGAACUUUGGAUAAUUUAUCUAGCGUCUCACUCGAUUUGUGUACUUUUGUUUUCAAUUAUUUUUUUGUCACUUUUAGGAAAAAAAUUGAUAAACAUUUCUAUUCAGUUGCAGUUUGCAAAGAAUGCAACAAAAUCUUUUAUUGAUCAACUAAUGGAAAAACUCUGGGAAAUUUGGCAGAUAUUUGAAGAAGUCAACGAUAAAUGGAAGGUGAUACACCCUCUUAUUUACAGUUUUUCCGUUUAUCAAACUUGCUUUUAUAUAUAUAUCGCUCUCUUCGUACGUCUUGAUAUAAUUUUUCGUGUGGCAAUUGCAAUAAUUGCAGUGAUAUUUUUAACUGGAGCAAUAAUAGCGUCGUGGGCAUUAUCAAGUUUUACCUCGAUCAUAUACGACAGUUUUAUCAACAUAGGGAAGUAUAACUCUUCUAUUUUGUCGCCGAUAUACAGAUUUAAAAUCAUUUGUUUCAUGAAGAGAUUCGGAGGAAGACCUUUCGGAAUAUCUGUGUGGGGAUUUUUUUACGUCAAAAGAAAUUUUUUGAUAAGGGUGGUGAGUGGAUUUUAUUCGGUUUUAUCUUCUUUAAUUGAAUUGACCGGUGCUCUACAAAAUAAAAGAUGCUCUGCAAAAAGCUCUUUAAACUAUACGUUUAAGAAUGAAACAAAUAAUUGAAAGUUUUUAUACCGGCAAAUUAACUGGCAAACUUUUUAUGUAGGAUAGCUACUGAUAGCUAAAUUUUUACUGAAGAAGUAUGGAAAUUUCACUGUUAAUCCGUUAGUGACUGACAAAUAUCGUGUUUCAACAAAUUCAUAAACAAUACUUUUAGCAAAAAACUCGACGAUACUGUAAAAAUAAAAAGUUUUACACCUCUAUUUUUUAUUUCUUUAUUUCAUUGUUAUCUGAUAUGUUCUGUUCUACUUUAUUUUAUGAAAUCAUAACAGGUAGAAUAUAACGAUUC